AUGACAGACUCUAGGUCCAUCCACCUCACUACAAAUAACUCCAUUUCGUUUCUUUUUAUGGUUGAGUAAUAUUCCAUUGUAUAUAUGUGCCACAUCUUCUUUAUCCAUUCAUCUGUUGAUGGACACUUAGGUUGCUUCCAUGUCCUGAGGCCAGGGAAGUUUGCCAGUAGCCCCAUUCACUGUUGUAGCCCCAGAGUCUAGAAGAGGACUGGGCAUGUAAUGGGUGCUCAAUAAAAAUGACUGGGGCGAAGGAGCUCGGACCUGUGUAGUUCGCAGUGCCAGGCACUGCCCAAGCUAACAUAUGUGCAUUAACUUAUUUAAUCUUCCCCAUCAAGCUGUGGAGUAGGUUGUCACCAGCCCUAUUUCACAAGUGAGGAACAGGUCUUAGAUUAAGCAGUUGUCCCAGGGCUGCGCAGCUGGUAGUGGAGGAGCUGGGACUCAGGUGGGGCCCAGAUACAGCUCAGAGGAAGUAGAUUUAUGAGACCCAUUUUGCAGAGGAGAAAAUGGGCCAAGGAAGGAAAGGAGUUGCCUGAGGUUGGUCUGUAAGCGGCUGCCUCUGGAUUCAAACCCAGGUCCUGCCUCCCAGUGGGGCCCUAAGCUCAUCAGACCCUGUUUACCUGGGCAGAGAAUCCCCCACCCUCCGCGCUGGAGCUCAGGGCCCGGAGGCUGGAGGGGAGGGUGCAGGGACUGGGUCCCCAUGAAUAAUUGAGGGUCUCAGACGCGUCUCCGCCCCGCAGCUGUUGCCCUCCCUCUGGCGGGGAGGGGUGGUGGUGACGUCACUUCCUCCCGUGGGGGCCACUGGGGGCGCGGGUUAUAAGGAGCUGCCUCCCCGGCCGCACGGUGCCGAGGACCCUGGUCCGGACGCCCCACCAUGCAGCGCCGCGAGCCCACCGUGCCGCUCUUGUUGCUGCUGCCUCCUCUGCUGGCGCUGCUGCUGGGGGCGGCCACCGCGGCUCCCCUGGCACCGAGACCCUCCAAGGAGGAGCUGACCCGCUGUCUGGCAGAGGUGGUCACAGAAGUGCUGAUGCUGGGCCAGGCCAAGCGAGGCCCCUGCAUGGCUCUCCUCCACAAAGAAACGUGUGAGACCGAGUCCUGUGGCUGUGGGUCCACUGAAGAGAAAGGCCUCCUGGUUGGGGAUUUUAAAAAGCCAGAGGCUGGGAAGACAAGGUCCAGCCAGGAGGUGAGGGACGAGGAAGAGGAGGCAGCAGAAAGGACCCACGAGUCCCAAGUGCGGGAACAGGCCAUCCGCGAGCAGCUCCACAGCUGGCUCCGCCAGGAGGACCACAGAGAGGAGGAGGAGGAAAAGAAGAGGGGGCCCGUGGAGACCUCUGAGGGCCUGUGGAAGCGGCGUCUAGAAGGUGGCAGGGCCCCCCAGAAGCGGGUGGCAGAGCAGGCCAGCGAUGAGGAGACAGCGCAGUUCGAGGCAGAGGAGAAGGGGGUGCAGGUGCUGGGCAGGGGCCACAGCCUGUGGCAGGGGGCCGAGGCGGGUGGAGAGAGGCACGAGGACAGCCGCCACCUCCACCAGCCAGAAGCUGAGCCCAAGCAGGAGGAGAAGAGAGAGGCUUCGGACAGGGAGGUGAGUGGAGGAGGCAAUGGGGGAGUGGGGUGGACCAGAUGUCAGUGGACUUCCUGCCAAACAGCCACCGGUGUUGGGCCACAAACAGCAAGAUCCACCGCAAAUGGGCCGUAGUGACCAGGACUGACAUGAGGACAAGGUGGCAACAUCCAAGCAGGGCCUUUACUUGACCAAGAGGGCUUCCAUACUUCCUUCCAUUACAGUAACCAAGAAGGCCACCAUGACCACACAGAAGUGCCCGAGUUAGCCACCAUCGCUGGGCUGUGACCAGCAAGUUGGCCACCAUGAAAAGUAGCUGCCGCGCCUGGUUCACUGGGCUAUAGAUGGACACCACUGCUGGGUCAUGGGAAGUAAAGAUGUCACCAUGAUCGGUGGCAGUUACCGAAAUGGCCAUCACCUCACAAAUGGGUCACAGCAUCCCGGCUGAGUGCCUUUGCUAGUCCCCUGUCUGCCGCUGUUGGCUACGGCAGACUCCGUAGGCCUCGCCGCUGGCCAUGUUAGCCGACGCGACUCUUCCAGGGUUGCAGCAACCAGCAGGGCGACCAUCGCGGCCCGCGGUGACCAGGAUGACCAUGGCUGGCUGCCACUGUGUGAACUGACCUGGCCCACAUUCAUGGGCAACCACUGAGGUGUCCUGCCUUUGAAGGUGGGUGCUGAGCACCCCAUUUCUGAUCCCACCAGGAGCAUGAUGUGGAGAGGCUGGCGCACAGGAGCGAGGAGCUGAAGAAGGCGACGGAGAUGCUGGGAGAGGAGCUCAGGAGGG